UGGCAUUUUUAUGAGUACAUGUAUAAUGAUUUAUGUUUAAGACAUAAAGUAUAAUAAGGAGAAAAAUUAUAUUUGAAUGUAUAUCUUCAUGUAUGGCAGAAGUUCAUAUUAUUGGGCAAAUACGAGAAGCAAAAGAUUUUCCUAAAGAUCAUUUAUUUUGCAGAUGGCAUAUACAUAUAGGGAAUAACUGGAGACAUAUUGCUGGAAAAAAAGAAGGUCAAACACAUGUGAGUUGGUCUCAAUUCAAUAAUAUUUGCAGAUGGGCGUUUCCAAUAGACGUUCAUUUAGCAACUACAGGAAUACAAGGUUGGCCAAAAUUUUUUAUUGAAGUUUAUCAUUUCGAUUGGCUAGGGAGAGCACACAUUUUCGGAUACGGAACGGUAACCGUUCCAACCAGUCCCGGUUCUUAUACUCUAGAUUGUUAUACGUGGAGGCCAUUUGGUUCGAUCCGACAGCGUUUUGUACAAUAUUUUUUAGGCGGUGGUUUACAGCUAAAAAAUCCUGAUCAAGUUUUUUCAUCAAAUGAAAGAUACAAACUAUCGACCGAAGCCAUGGGAGUGGUUACGUUUGACCUUAAUGUGGUUUUUCGAAAUUUUUCAAACUACGGAGUUGAAUACUAAAUUAAAUAUAUUAUGUAUUAUUUUCAC